CACAAAGCCAUCGUAGUCGACAAAAUGUCCUCCAAAAGGAAGUCUCCACCGAACAAACUGUCGAACGCCGCUUCGCCGUCGGCGGUUCAGGUCGAAAAAAAUAAUUUCAAGAAAAUUGCCCUCAAAAACGAGGACCUAAUAAAAUCCUCACCGGUCAAGGAGCUGAACUGCGCCUUCGACGCCAGUUUCCUGUCGAUGCAGAAGAUGCAAGCCCAGCUGGAGCCCAAAUUCGUAAAGAACAACGAACACAGUGACUACAUUAUGAGCCACCACAAUCCGCUCCAUCAUCAGCAUCAGCAGGCACAGCAGCUGCAUCCGCAUCAUCACAACCCGUUCGGUGCCCUGGGCGGUAUGCCCGGUGGUCAUCCGCUGCUGAUGGAUGGCGAUUUUCACCAGUUCAAUCUACCCUUCCUGAACGUGGCCAGCUACAUUCUGAAGGGUUCCGAUCCAACCAUCGGCAAGCACGACAACUUUCAGCUGGCUAUGAAUCUGGACAAUCUGAACAUUUCCAACAGUCAACAGGAGAUGCAGCAUCAGCCGCCUCAGGCGGCUCCUCGUAAGGUUAAUAAUCUGAUUCUGAACCACUUGAAGUCGAUUGUGGAUAAUUUUGACAGUUUAAAUAAUAAUGUGAAUGAGAAAAGUACUUACACACCACCACCGCCACCUGUGGCGGCCCAGCCGCCCUUGGCCAACAGUAACAGCAACAACUGCUCACCGGUGAAUACGGAGGACACCUCACCGGGUGGUCCUUUGAUGAACAACCAUAACGUUGACGGCAAAGGUCAACAGUUCGAAGGCUUCCGGAGCCGUCUGGACGAACGCAUCAGCAAUCUGCAGCUGAGUAAGCGUGAAAUCAAUCUGAUGAGGCUCAACCUAAGUUUGCUGGACUUUCCGAACGAGAUUCCACCGACUCUGCUGAACAAUAACCACCAGCACGGCUAUGAGGAUCGACCUCCUCCCCAGGGGGAGGACCUCAACUACAGUACCUCGCAAAAUAAUAUGAAUAUUAAAUUAAUUAAAAGAAGCUUCAAGGAGUCCCUGUACGAGAAGGAGAAGAACAUCAACCGGUUGAUCAUGUACUUCACCAUCUGGCGGGAGAUGCUGCUGAAGGCGGAGUUUGCCGAGAACAAAAAGUACAAAUUCAACAACAAUUCCAAAUCCAAUCUGGACCCAUCGUCGCUGAUUCCGCCGGGUCCCUCGUCGGCAAUCGGAACGCCCCAACCGGCAUCGCCGGUUGCAACCCCGUCGGCAACGGUUACCACAGCAACGGUCACCAGCCUACCGCGCAGCACCCUGCAGCCGAGUGUCACACCGACGGCAUCGACGUCGACUUCCGGCGAUUGCGAUACGCCCGGCGAGGAGCCCAUCGAUGCGGACAAUUGCAUCCAACGCUACCGCAAUGUAUUCCAGGCCAUCUCGAACAAACCGCUGGAGGUGAGCCGGCAGCAGCCGCCUCGCAAAAACCCCCGGAAGCGUCCGCCCGGGUUCACCGACGAGCAGCUGCUGGUUGGGAAAUCGUCGCCGGUGGACCUGCGGUCCGGACCGACGACGCCAUCCUACGAGCUCGAUUAUGAGAAAAAGGAAGACCAAAGAUACCUGAAAGACGACGCGCCAAUCAAUUUGAGCAAGCGCAAGAGCGACUACCGGGAGAGUCCCAUUCGGGAACUCAAUAACGGUAGCAAGCUGGUCGGCGGUUUGUUCAAUCACUGCGAUCCGGAUGAACUGAGUCAACGGUUGGACAGCGGUGGGUUACCCCUGCUGGACAAAGAUGCUGAACGUUAUUUGCUCAAACCGAAGCGGGAACGACUCGAUCCGGAGCCCAGUCUCUUCGACUACAAACCGGAUGCCCUCAAGCCCAAACUAAGUCUCUACCAAUCCCCUAGUCCUCAUCAUAGUCCAGACGAGAAACAGUUAAUGAACGAUUUCACCCUCCCGCAACCAUUCUUCAUCAAAAACCCGGACGCCCAUGGCAGUUCCGUUAACCCACCCGGACUUCCCGUCCCAUUCAACAGUAGUGCCAUGCUAGACAACAUGAACCGCCAUUUACUGCGUCAACAGCAGCAACAACAACAACAGCAGCAGCAACAGCAACAACACCAACACCAACAACAAAUGAGUGCUGGCCUCCCACCGGGAGGCAGCAAAAAGGAUAAAUCCAACCAACUCUCGAUGGACCUAAGCCCGGCGGACCUGAACACCUCGCGGCGGUCCGGUGCCGAAAAGAACCACAUCAAGCGGCCGAUGAACGCCUUCAUGGUCUGGGCGAAGGACGAACGGCGCAAAAUCCUGAAAGCCUGCCCGGACAUGCACAAUUCGAACAUUUCCAAAAUCCUCGGCGCCCGCUGGAAGGCGAUGACCAACCUGGAAAAGCAACCGUACUACGAGGAGCAGGCGAAGCUCUCGAAGCAGCACAUGGAAAAGCAUCCGGACUAUCGGUACCGGCCGCGGCCGAAACGCACCUGCAUCAUCGACGGCAAGAAGAUGCGCAUUUCCGAGUACAAGUGUCUGAUGAAGAACCGCCGGCAGGAGAUUCGCCAGUUUUGGACGCGCGAUUACGACGGUUCGAGCGAUCAGGGCAGCUGCCCGCUGAAGGAAGCCGGCAAGGCAAUCAAAAACGAGGCCAUGUGAGAGGACGCACCGGGGGGUCUCGGCGGCAGCACCGGCGGUGGCUGGAGCGGUGCCGUACCCCCCGCAGGGUUUGGUUGUUUUGGAGUGUAAUAAAUUAUUAUUGUUGUGUCAUUGUGCGCGGAGGCGGAAGAAGAAGAAGCAGAAGAAAAGUGCAGCAGCACACCAGCGGGGAAAGGGGGAAAUUGUU